GCAAAUUCGAGGUUCAACAGAUGGGAGGGCUUACAGGCGUAUCAUGGGCUCUGCUGGUGGUUCAUUCGAUAUGGUCAUUUGCGCUUGGUCUUGAUAUGCACAAGUUCUGGAGAAUGCGGAAAAAAAUGAGGAUAUUUGCACGUUGGCCAGCGCUAGCUCUCCUCAGCGGCUGCGCGGGUGGCGUAGUUCAAGCCUGCAUCGUGCUGCAGGAGGUCUUGGCUCAGGAGGGCCACGUCUUGCCCUGCGUCGUGGUCCUCUAUCUGAACCCUGUGGUGAUCGGACCUUACGCCUUCUCGUAUCUGUUGAGAGGUCUCAGGGCGGUCAUCAUAUCUGACAAAGGUUGGGAUAUCCGACAUUGAUGUGUCCAAAACCUCGAGACAAUGUUUCGAACGCUAGAGAAAGAAAGGUUCAAACAACUGUCCAAAUAACGAUGGCAAAAUACAACAAAACAAAUCACCCUUCGGUGGUAUUGAAUAUGUAGUUCGUGACAUAGUAGGCUGUUGUAGAAGGAGGAAUUUAAAGCUCCGUUUCCGGGCGAACGAGCUUGUUUAUCGUUCGGCACUACAGUCCUUCCAAACCAAGAGAAGAGCAGCACACGAAACCAAAAGGAGUACAUGGUGAGGCCCUGAAGUUGAUGGCAUGUUUCUUCCCAAAAAAAUCAUCGAAAUACGAUGGAUCCCCAUGAUUGAUCUGUUCUUGUCAGGUUUGUGAUAAAAACUGUUCGAAACGUCUGAUGCAUCAAAUUGCCAUGAGGAGCGUCU